GGGGUUUUAAGUUAAAUUAUUUUUAGUGAUUUGGUGAAUAUGGAGGAUGGGUGGGAAAGGGAUUAUGAGGGAAGAAGGAGGGGUUUUGAAGAGGAAUGAGGGGAAGAUGUUGGAAUGAAUGUUUUAGGUACUGGAAGGGGUUAUUUGGAUGGGAAAUGUGGGAUGUGAUGGUUAAUUGGGGAUGAUAUGUUAAAAUUUUAUGAGGGCAUGGAUUUUUUUGAGUAUGAGUUUUUUUUAGGGUUUAUUUUUUAAAAUCUUAGAAUUAAUGGAAAAGGAGUACUGGUGUUUUGUAUAUACUUAUACCAGUAAUGGUGUUUAAAUCGUAAUUUUUUUAUCCUACUUCAUCUCUAUUUUUAGAAUUUUAUCUCAGUAUAUUAGAAUCUAAAUUUUUACAAAAUUCGGUGAAUGCUCUAAACCUUCAAGCCACGCUCUCCCUUGAACAAACACAACACCAAGACAAACCUAUCCAACAUCCCUUCCCCAACCCCCUCCAGCCCUCCUCUUCCCUCCACCCCACCCCAUACCCCUCACUCCCCUAAAAUUUC